AUGCCAACAAAGGAGUAUGCAUCAUAUAGAUUCUCAUACAAGGAUCUUUAUGUAGCAACAAAGGGUUUUAGAGAAUCAGAGUUUCUUGGAGUUGGCGGUUUUGGUAAGGUGUACAAGGGUGUAUUACCUUCCACAAACACCCAAAUUGCCGUGAAACGAAUCUUGCAUGAUUCGAAAAAAGGGAUGAAAGAAUUUGUCGCGGAGAUUUCUAGCAUGAGUAGGUUAAGGCAUAGGAACUUAGUACAACUAUUAGGCUAUUGUAGAAGAAAAGGAGAGUCGAUUUUAGUAUAUGACUAUAUACCUAAUGGAAGCCUUGACAAGUUCCUCUUCAACAAGGAAGAAACAUCCAAUCUAAAUUGGUUUUCGAGAUUUAAAAUCAAAGGUGUGGCAUCUUCUCUUCUAUAUCUUCAUGAAGAAUGGGAACAAGUAGUACUUCACCGCGAUGUGAAGGCAAGUAAUGUGUUAUUAGAUGCUAAUAUGAAUGUGCGGCUAGGUGAUUUCGGCCUUGCUAGACUUUAUGAUCAUAAUAAUGAUCCUCGGACUACUCAUGUGGUGGGAACCAUUGGAUACAUUGCACCAGAGGUUAGCAUAACACGUAAGCCUUCAACGAGCACUGAUGUGUACGCUUUUGGAAUGUUCUUACUCGAAGUGUGUUGCGGGAGAAGGCCACUAAGUAAUGAGGAUGCAGAGGAUUUUUUCUUGAGUGAUUGGGUUUAUCAUUGUUGGAAGAGCGGAGACAUUCUUAAGACAGUUGAUCCAAGAAUGGCAGAUUUUCGGGAAAUGGAAAUCGAGCUCGUGUUGAGAUUAGGCCUUAUGUGUCUACAUCCACGGGCUGAAGCAAGGCCUACAAUGAGACAAGUGAACCAAUUUCUGAAUGUAAGUGUAACUCUGCCUGAUUUACCUUCCGAAUAUGAUAUUGUAAGCCAUAGUUUAAUGAAUGAAGGGUGGAGAGCUUGGAGAUCGUUGCCAUUGAGUGAUUUUCCUUCUUCAUCAGGAACCGGCUCCAUGGGUGUAAUGUCUAGCACUAAUUCAGUCCUACAAUAUGGUCGUUGA